CGCAUGCGCCACACAUUGGAAUUACUGCACUGGCCAGAAUAAGUUGGAUCACGUCUGUCUUCACUGAAAUCCAAAAUCAUAUCUAAACUAUGGCGGUGUUGAGAAUAAGAACAAUGAGAUACUUUGGGGUUUGGACCUUCCUCGUAAUAGUGGCUGUGGUCUGUGCGCAAAGGGUCAAUGACCCUAGCAAUAUGUCAAUCGUAAAAGAAACUGUGGAUAGACUGUUGAAAGGAUAUGACAUUCGCUUGAGGCCAGAUUUUGGAGGUCCCCCUGUGGGAGUGGGGAUGAAUAUAGACAUAGCCAGCAUAGACAUGGUAUCUGAAGUCAAUAUGGACUAUACAUUGACUAUGUAUUUCCAGCAAGCUUGGCGAGACAAGCGGUUAUCCUACUCGGAGAUUCCCCUCAAUCUCACCCUGGAUAACCGAGUAGCGGAUCAGCUGUGGGUACCAGACACCUACUUCCUAAAUGACAAGAAGUCUUUUGUCCAUGGUGUCACAGUGAAAAACAGAAUGAUUCGACUCCAUCCAGAUGGAACCGUGCUCUAUAGCCUGAGGAUCACCACUACAGCAGCUUGUAUGAUGGACCUGAGACGAUAUCCGCUGGACGAACAAAACUGCACACUGGAGAUAGAGAGCUAUGGGUACACAACUGAUGACAUAGAGUUCUACUGGCGAGGAGGUCAUAACGCUGUGACGGGGGUGGAGAGAAUAGAACUACCGCAGUUCUCCAUCGUGGACCACAAACUCAUCUCUAAGAAUGUCGUCUUUUCUACAGGAUCCUACCCCCGACUCUCCCUCAGCUUCAAGCUGAAGAGGAACAUUGGCUACUUCAUCCUGCAGACCUACAUGCCCUCUAUCCUGAUCACCAUCCUUUCCUGGGUCUCCUUCUGGAUCAACUAUGACGCUUCUGCUGCCAGAGUGGCUUUGGGAAUCACCACUGUGCUGACCAUGACCACCAUCAACACUCACCUGCGGGAGACCCUUCCCAAGAUCCCCUACGUCAAGGCCAUUGACAUGUAUCUUAUGGGUUGCUUCGUAUUCGUCUUCCUGGCCCUGCUAGAGUACGCCUUGGUCAACUACAUCUUCUUCGGCAGAGGACCCCAGCGCCAGAAGAGAGCGGCUGAGAAAGAAGCUGUCGCCAACAAUGAGAAAAUGAGAAUGGAUCCAAACAAGUGGUUGGUGGGAAAUGUAGUUCAGAGAGACGAUACUCUGUAUGCCAGAAUGAAACAGAGGGAUAUUGACGCUCAUGACUCGAUGUGGGAACCAAUCUUUGUGGACGAUGCAGCGAUAGGACUCGGCGAGGAAAAGAAUAAGAUGGACCCGCAUGAAAAUAUUCUACUGGGCACUAUAGAAAUUAAGAAUGAGAUGGGAGCAUCGGAGCUGACCCUUGGUCUCAGUGACCCCAGGAGCACCAUGUUGACUUAUGACAGCUCCACCCUGCAGUACCGCAAAGCAGGGCUGCAGGCCAGGCACAACUUUGGACGCAACACCCUGGAGCGCCACAUGCCUCAGAAGAAGAACCGGCUACGGAGGCAUGCUUCACAGCUGAAGAUCAACAUUCCCGAUUUGACUGAUGUAAACUCUAUCGACAAGUGGUCGAGAAUGAUCUUCCCCACUGUCUUUUCUUUGUUCAACAUAAUCUAUUGGCUCUACUACGUCAACUAAAUGGACUUCAGCAAGGGCAGAACUAAACAAACAACAAAGCUAGUUUUUCUCUGAAUAGUUAUCAUUUUGCUGUUUGUUCUUGCAACACAAGACUGAAUUACUAAAACAAAAUCAGGACUGACUCCAUUUUACCUUGGAACACCUUAAUUGCUGGCUAACACAUGAAAACCUUAGAGGAGAGAGAGAGAAAUUCAGAACAUAUACUGUAUGGUGCCUGUACCAGAGUUUUUGUUUAUAAUUUUACAAGUACAAUAUUUAGUGAAUUUAGUAUUUUAUCAUUUUUAAACGUUUCUUUGCAUAUAUUUGUAUGUUUUUACAUUUUAAAAUCUUUAUAUAUAUCUAUCUAUCUAAUUUGUUGCCAAAACAUAGUUAGAAAUAUUAAUGAUAUAUUGAUUUUUAAAUAUCUCAGACCACAAAGACACUCCUUAAAACAGUUACAAGCAUGUUCAGGUCAAUAUUUUCUAAGACUCAUUACUUCAAAGAUGUAAUGUUAUUUAUCCUAGAAUUUAUUUUGUCUUUAUAUUGUGAAGUUUCACGUUUUCAUAGUAUUAAUAUAUUAUGUCAUAGUAAAAGGGUUUUACGAUUAACCAACCUUUUCUACCUUGAUAUAGUUGAUAAAUCAUAUUAUUUAUUUUGAAGCAUUAUUUCAAUUCUAUGAAAGUGUUUGAUAGUGUAGUAGAUACUAUUUUAGACAACAGAAACAAACAUCAUUCCUAACCUUGACAGAAGAAACUAGAAAGUAAAGUUUAUCGGCCGUUGACAUUGAAUGCUGUAGCAUAGCUAACAGAUAAAUGCAUCACAAAGCCUUUGAUUCAUGAUUUGAUGUUGUUUUCUUAAAGUAUUCAUUCAGAAAAGGUACAGAAUAUUAACUUGAAAUGUAGAAGUUGAAUAUAUUGCAAAAAAAAGAAACCGAGAAAGAAAUGGAGAAAGAGAAUGUUGCAUUAGUCUUCAAAGCAGUUUAAGAGUCAGUGAUACAGUGAUAGAUCAUGUAGAAGAUCAAUUGAAGAAAAAUACACAAACGUGUCUCUGAAAAAUUGUCCUUUGUCCAUUUCGGUCCUUUGUUCACAUAUCCGGAAGAUUACAGGAUAAUAUGAUGUAUUUGCUCAUAAUUGUUCUUCACAUGGAUAUACAGAAACAAACAUUGGCUCUAGUUUGUUAAGAAACAUCAGAUGGCAUCUUGUAAUUCCUAUUCCUAAUGAAUUGAGCCAGCAGUUAAGGAUUCUAUGAUAGGCAUUUCAUGAUGCAUCAAAAGACAAUCUUUCCUAUCACCAUGAUGUGUAAAUAUUUCUUGUAUAUUAUUAUUUAAAAAGUAAUGAUAUCUAUCACAGUUCCAGCGAGGAUCCAUCCAGAAUUUGUCCAUGGUAUAAUUAUCUUCAGGAAGUUGGAAGGUUUUUGAAAACAAAGGUUUUGAGCAGCUCCACCUUCUUAAAUUAUACACUGUCAUUACUGCCAUUUCUUUAUCAAAUAUCCAGGUGUUGACAGUAACUAUACAAAACAAAGAGUGUAUGAUAGAGAGAAAAGGCUGCUCUGCAAGCUGGCAAGAGAAACCACAAUGCACGAAAGCACAAUGCUGCUCCAAAUCCCAAUUGAAAAUGGACUGUCGUCUUAAGAUAAUAUGUUUAUUUCUCAGUUCAUUAAGUUUCUCUACUUUCCUUCCAAAUGAUUACUAUAAGUAUACUGUAAUAAUACUCAUUUCCUGUCAAUGCAUUCCAUUACUCUACUUUCCUGCCAAAUGAGUACUAUAAGUAUACUGUAAUAAUACUAAUUUCCUGCCAAAUGAUUACUAUACGUAUACUGUAAUAAUACUAAUUUCCUGAUAAUGCAUUUUUACUCUACUUUCCUGCCAAAUGAUUACUAUAAGUAUACUGUAAUAAUAUUCCUUUCCUGCCAAAUGAUUACUAUAAGUAUACUGUAAUAAUACUAAUUUCAUGUCAAUGCAUUCCAUUACUCUACUUUCCUGCCAAAUGAGUACUAUAAGUAUACUGUAAUAAUACUCCUUUCCUGCCAAAUGAUUACUAUACGUAUACUGUAAUAAUACUCCUUUCCUGUCUGGUUGUUUACCUUAUUAGUAAUACUCCAUGAAGGAUCACCUUAUGGCAACACUGCCAAUAGUAGAGUUAGCAUUCAAUGGAAAUUAAGAAACGUCAUAAACAUUUUGGAUACGGAAACACACAGUAGUACAUCGUACAACUGUUGCGUGUACCAUGUUUGACCACUGACUUUGUAAAACAACAUUUUUGCAUACAAACAGAUCCAAAAGCCAUAGUGUCUGUAUAGUAGGUGGUGCAACACUUCUUGGUGCUCUUGAGACUGCUCCCUCAAAACAGAGAUAUAGUUAGAAGAGAGAGACUAGAACAUUACAAUUUAUCUCCUAUGUUUCUUGAAAAUUUAUGGAAACACACACAGCGAUAACUGCACAAAUAUUAUAAAUGAUUUAUUCGUGAUUUCUGAUCAUUUUAGUGUUUGGUGACUCCCUUAGAUGAUCGGUAACAAUUAAAUAUAGAAAAUGACCCCAUGAACAUAUGAAUUAUCAUUACAUGCAGAUGUUGUGACAUCACCUCAAGUGCAAUUGCAUGUUUUCAACAUACGUGGUAUUCACCCCAAAACAAUUCGUAUUGCAUGUUUUCAACAUACGUGGUAUUCACCCCAAAACAAUUCGUAUUGCAUGUUUUCAACAUACGUGGUAUUCACCCCAAAACAAUUUGUAUUGCAUGUUUUCAACAUACGUGGUAUUCACCCCAAAACAAUUCGUAUUGCAUGUUUUCAACAUACGUGGUAUUCACCCAAAAACAAUUCGUAUUGCAUGUUUUCAACAUACGUGGUAUUCACCCCAAAACAAUUCUCAUUGCAUGUUUUCAACAUACGUGAUAUUCACCCCAAAACAAUUCGUAUUGCAUUUUUUCAACAUACGUGUUAUUCACCCAAAAACAAUUUGUAUUGUAUGUUUUCAACAUACGUGUUAUUCACCCCAAAACAAUUUGUAUUGUAUGUUUUCAACAUACGUGUUAUUCACCCCAAAACAAUUUGUAUUGUAUGUUUUCAACAUACGUGGUAUUCACCCCAAAACAAUUCGUAUUGCAUUUUUUCUUCUCGCUUCUUUACAUCUGCAUGUUCUUUUCUCAAUAAUAUCAAUGGACAAAAGUCCACUUCCUUCUCUUUUUUGGUGCUUUUGAUGAAGUCUUCUGACGCUUACUUUUACACAAUCCAAACAAAGGUAGCCAUCACACUCUUGUUGUGACGUGAUGAACAUCAUUUAAAUGUACAGUAUAAGGAUGACCACGUAAUGGUUGAAAGUAAAGGGUUCGUUUAGGAUUUUGUGUGUGUGAGUGUGUGUGUGUGUGUGUGUGUGUGUGUGUGUGUGUGUGUGUGUGUGUGUGUGUGUGUGUGUGUGUGUGUGUGUGUGUGUGUGUGUGUGUGUGUGUGUGUGUGUGUGUGUGUGUGUGUAGUGUUAACAUUCUAUUAUGGUUUGAAGUGGGGAUAGAAAUUCAGCUACUUAUUAUUAAGAGAAUGAUUAUAAAGUUGAUGAGUGAUACAGGAUAAACAUGAGACUACGGCUGGAAUUCAGUCAAACCCGCACAGCAGAAAAACAUGAUACAUUUUUUUAACAUACAUUUUCUGGCAAAGAGUAAGGAUAGGGUGCAUUUUUACAAGACAUGACCUAAGUGAUUUUACCACCCAUGUGGUUUUCUGCGGUAAAGGUUUGAUUGAAUACACCCUUAUUAACCAUGCAUACUAAAUAUGGUUAUUUAACCUAAUCUAUAUCUAUAUAAUGAUUUGGUUAUAUGGGCUAUUUUUUACUUUUCACUCAUUUUUCAUGUAUCAUUACAAUAUUGUGUUUGUGUAAUUUAUUUACAUAUACUCAUAUGGCCCUAUAUUACAUUUUGUUUAAUGUUCACUCACUCUAUUUUAAGAUGUUACCAGAUCAUCUACAUGUACAUUUGUAGAAGCUUGAAUAUGAUUAAUACAUACAUUGAUCUACAGAAAUGUCUUGAUAUCGGUGUUGUACGAUUUUUCACAGGGUUUGGGGUUGGGCUGUGUUCAAAAACCUGUUUCUAGGUGUGCAUAUAAUAUAUUGUUAGUAAACAUCAAUUGGAGCCUGAUAUUCCUGUAAAUAGAAGACUAAAAUCAAUUUUCAAGACGAAUGCAAAGCAAUUUAAUGGUUUCAGCUGAUAUGACAACGAUAAUGUAAAUAUUUUGAAGAGUACCACUCGAUCACUUAGUAAAACAAACAAUUGUUUUCAUUGUGUUUUAAUGACUCAACUCAGAAUGUCUUCAGUUUUUGCCAAAUUGUCAAGUAUUAUCAAAGGCAAGAAUGUAGUUGAUGUAAUUUUGCAGCACAUGCCUGAGGUAGCUGAGACAUGUAAGCAGGAGUAUAAGCAUUUCUAGUUCCACUGAUUGGAAAGAUACACAUACAUGUGCACACACACACACACACACACACACACACACACACACACACACACACACACACACACACACACACACACACACACACACACACACACACACACACACACACACACACACACACACACACACACACACACACACACACACACACACAUAAACCUGCAUGCACACACACACACACACUCACACAUAAACCUGCAUUCACACACACACACACAUAAACCUGCAUGCACACACACACACAUAAACCUGCAUGCACACACACACCCACACACACAUAAACCUGCAUGCAUGCACACACAUACACACACACACACACAGGUCAAAUAUAAAGGAGCUUAACGGGACUCUAAUAGCUAGCGUUAAGUCACCCAUCUCAGGUUCGCACAACUAACCAGUUCGCUACUGAAAUGUUACAGAGAAGUAUUCAUCUACCCAGUGAUGCUACAAUACAACUGUUUGUUGAUUUCUAUAUUUGCAGUGUAUCAUAUGUAUGUGUGUGUUUGCGUGUGAGAGCUUGUACGUAUGUCAGCCAUUGGGAUGUUUUAAAAGCACAUCUGUAACUGGCAAAAUAUUGGCUUCAUAAAAUGGCUUCACUUUGAAAAAUGUGUUUGUACCUCACAGCAGUUUUUGUUUCAUAUAUUUUUAUAUUUCUAUAGUCCUAUAAAAAGAUUCCUUUGAAUGAACCAUCUUGGUGACAGUGUAUGUUGGCACACACUCACAGAUGAAGCCUUAGCAUCCUGCCCUGCCCUGGGCAGUCCCUCUAGUGUCACAUCAGAGAGCAGCAACCCCUCCCUCUUCUUCACAAAGAGCACCUCCAGAACACAAGCUAUACUGAAAUCUAUGAAGCUAUGAAUAAUGUGUUUUUAAUACAAGAAAACCUGUGGAGAAAAAAAAAUGUCAAUAAAUAUUGUAUAUAGUUCAGAAUCUAUGAAUUCACAUGUUUAUUGCCACUGCUGUUGGGACUACUCUAUGAUGUUUAUUUGUCUUCUCUGUAGGCUUCUGAUCAUUUUCCUGUUAUUCAUCCAUUAAUAUAGAAUUCAGCUUCUGUCCAUCAGUCUAUCAAUCUGCUGCAUCAUUAUAUAGUUUCCUAUUUUGUUACAUUCUGUAUGAAGUUAUGUUAUAUGGUAUAGCACAAUUUAGUCAUGCAUACAUGCAUAAAGAGAAAUGAGGGUAAAUGCACAGUGUUCUCACUCCAUUACAUAGGCCUACAUAGAUGUUCAGGUUUUCCACUUGAUUGUUUGAUGGAAAAGCUUUAUUUGAAACCCUGUAAAACCACUAUCCAUACCUUUAUCAUUUUACUGUCUGUGAGAUUCCUACCUUUUGUUCUUUACCUGCCUCCACCACACACACACUCUUAGGAAAAAGGGUUCCAAAUGGGUUCUAUGAUUGCCCCCAUUGGAUAACCCUUUUGGGUUCCAGGUAGAACCCCCUGUAGAAAGGGUUUUUAAUAUAGAACCCCUAAAGGUUCUACAUGGAACCCAAAAGGUUUCUACCUGGAACCAAAAAGGAUCUACCUGCAACCAUAAAGGAUUCUUCAAAGGGUUCUCCUAUGGAGACAGCCGAAGAACUCUUUAAGGUUCUGGAUAGCACUUUGUUUUCUAACAGUGCACCCUUUAACAGAUACGUUACGUCGAAACAUACUCAGCCUCUGUAUAGAUGCAGCUGCAGGCAUGUGGAUAGUUUGGAAUCAAAGCUUAAUAUCAGUAUUCAAAGUGUAGUGUUUUCACCUCACAUUCCUACCUGUAGAAAUAUGAAUAGUGUUUUUUUGUCUUCUUGUGAACUUUAAUUGUUUUUGUAACUUUCUUAUUUAAGAAUGGAUCGUUUAAAAUCCAAUAUGAGUGGUACCUUGUUACCUUUUCUCUGUUUUCCCUUACGAACUGGGUGGAGUGGAUGACUUCUAUACAAACCACCUCACUGGCUAAAUUCAUAAGAGUUGAAGAAAAGCGUCAUGGCAACAUGUUGACAGUGAACAAUUUGUGUGAUGAAUGAUAUUUUCUAUAAAAAACAAAUACAAUCUUAUAAAGAAAUGAUAUAUAUGUAUACACAUUUAUAAAUAUAUUGCAGCCAAUCUCUGCGUGUAAAUAUGAACAACUGUUGACUAAUGUGUGGUUCUUGAAUUUGAAAUAAUGCCAUUAUGAAUAAACAAUAUAAUUACUGAA